AUGGCCCCCGGUCAGGCUCCGGCCAGCAGCCAGGUGUGGAGGCUGAAGCGUUAUGGACGUUUAGUUCCGGGCUCCAAAGACACUGGGACAAAGCCCUGGAAGGUAUUUGAAGCAAUUGGCAGUAAACCUGGACUUGCCCUCACUAUUGUGGAACCUGGAUACUUGCUGGUAUUGCAAGGACAGGAAUGCCUGGACACAAUCCCAUUGAUCUGUGGCUCAGACUCUAUCAAAAUAAAGCAGAAAUCUGAUAACCUGAUGCUUCGAGUUACUAUGCAGGGAGAGGGCCGCAUGAUGAGGAUGCAGUUUGAGGGAAGUAGCAGGGAGGAGGCUGUAAAGGAGUGUUCAAGUGCUGUGGAGAAAGUGAAGGAGCACAUGCCUGUCAUCACUCAGGACGACGCCCCACCACCCCGCAAUCAACCCCCUGCUGAGUUGUCCGCAACAGUGAUUCAGGAAAAGACUGUGAGAGUUGAGCCUGAGGUUGUUCAAGGAUCGGUGUCCAUCAAGCGUCUGACAGAGCACUUCCUGGGAGAGGCUGCGGUGACUCUGCCACAAGUGUAUCGAAACUGUCCUUUGGCAGAAGGUGACUUAGAGCCAAUCCUUCAUGUUUGUUUGCUGGAUCCCAGUUUUCCUGGAUUCGUUGAGAGAGUGGAGGAGGAGCUAAAGAAAUUGCUUCAAGAGUGAAUCAUUUCCACAACAGCUGAAGGCAAAAA